CACAGACUGCAGUGUAUUUACUGUAUUAGGUAGCAGGAAGUGUUAGUCAAGCAUCAUGAACUCUUUCAAGACCUUCAUGAAUAAGGUCAGUGACAAGGUGCGGGAUGUCACUCUUGAUGGAGUUGUGGACGGCCAAGUGUCCAGCAGAUCAUCUCAGUCUCAGUCUGAAGAUUUUGGCUCCAUGGAAGGAUUUGUUUGUCCGGCUUGCUUUACAAAUUUUUCUUCUGCUGAAGUUUUGCAGAGUCACUAUGAGAGGGAGCACCUGGAUCCUGCUUCAAAUUAUGUGUGCCCAGUGUGCAAGCUUCGUCUCAGCUCUCAGCAACAACUUGAAGACCACUACUCACAAGACCACAGCAGACCAGAGGAUGAAGAAAUAACGGUCGAGGUGUUGAAACAAGAACUCAAAGAAGCCAACACGCAGCUUAGAGAGGAACGCUGGCACUCUGAAGACCUCCAGAAAGAACUCGAGUCUUUACAGCAAGCCUUGAGAGUCAAGACUGAAGGAGGCCAAGACCAGGAGGAAGAAAUGGUUCCUCAGUCACAGCACGCUGCCGUCCUGUCAUCUCGAGCACAACUCAGCAGUGAGGUCGUCAGUCUACGCAGUCAGCUCUCAGUAGCGCUUGAGGAGCUGCAUUCAGUCAGGCGACGACUCACUGAAGCUGUCAACAAAGUUGAGUUGACUGAAAGUGACAGACAAGCUGUUGAAGGCCGCGCAUCUGAGUACGCUGUCGAGCGCGCUGAAUUGCGGUCACAGCUUGAUGUCCUGAAAGAAGAAAAGGUUUCCCUGGAGCUGCUGCUGAAGGAACGACAGCAGGAGCGGGAGUCUGACUCUUCCGCUGAAACUGAGAAGCUCACAGCUGAAGUCGCCAGGCUUCAGAAGCUGCUCUCUGAGAACAUGAAGCAGGUGGAGAGUCAGCAGCAGCGCGAGGCGAGUCUCAACAGCGACCUGAAGGCCAAGAGCGAAGCCGUGGCAGAACAGAAGCAGGAGAUGAAGGCUCUCAAGGAGGAAGUGGAUGCGCUCAAGAAGAAACUUCAGCAAAGCAGCUCUGAAUGCACCAAGAUGAGUUCAGAGCUGAAGACGAGGUCGGCUGAGCUGGUGACCGUGCAGGCUGCUCUCACGAACCUCACUCAGAGCUCUGAUGCUCAGAAAGACUCCGUUGAGGCUCUCCAAAGACAGUUGAGCGAGAGCGGCAUCAGCGCGGCGAGGCUGGCAGAGGAAGUAAGGGCGCUGCAGCGUCAGGUGCACGACAAGCAAGAGCAGCUCACUGCGGCUGAGAAGGAGCGAGACAUCGCGCAGCAAGACUGCAGACACAAGGAGAUGGAGCUGACGCAGCUAAAGGACCAGCUGGGCGACCAGCACCGAGAGGAGCACGAGGUCGUGGCGCGCAAGACGCAGCAGGUGCAGGAGCUGCAGCAGCAGCUGCUAGCUGAGGAACUCAGAGCCAGGGAACUCGCUGCUAAACUUACGGGCGCUGAAGGAGACUUGAGCCAGUGCUGCCUGAAACUUUCUGCUGCUGAGCGCACCACCGAGCAACAGCAGCUGAGAAUUGCCGAGCUGCUCGAGAAGUCAGAUGCCCUGUCGAGUCAAAUUCGAGAAUUAAUUGGCAAAGCUGAGCGUCUUGAUGGAGUUGAGAACGAGCUCAAGACACUCGAAGCCGAGAGGUCAGCCCUUGCGUCGUCGCAUGAAGAGUUGAAAAUAAAAUUCGAGGAACUGAGUACAAAAUCUUCUGAGAACGAACGGUUUCUCUUGUCUAAAACUGAGAGCCUCACUGCUCUUGAGGCCGACAAAAACAUUUUGAUGGCAAAACAGACGGCGAUGAGAGAGGAACUUGAACUUAAAGAAAAGGUGAUCGCGGAAGUUCGUGAAGACAUCGCAAAGGAAGCUGCCGAGAAAGCGACCAUGUCUUCCAAACUUGCUGAUUUUGAAGAAACAGUGAGAAAUUUCGAAGAGAAAACUGUAGAACUUGAGACUAAUCUUCAUAAAUCUGAAGAAUCUUUGAAACAAACUAAGACACAGUUACUAGAAGUACAGGACGAACUGAAUUUUAAAAACAACGAAAACUCUGAGCUGAGCUCCAAGCUCAACGAACUAGAAAUAUCAAAGCGGGAACUCGAAGAGACGUUGAGCAAGAGGCUGGCGCUCACUGAGUCUAACUGCACUGACCUCACCGCUGAGCUGGACCAGCGUAACUCUGAGCUCAGUGCGCUGCAAUGCAAGCACGAGCAGCUACAGAAGAAGCUCAAGGAGCUCGAGGAACUUGGCGCCCAGAAGAUCAAGGAGUUAGCCGGCUUGGAGGAAAUACUUCAGUUCAACCGCGCUGACGCUGACAAGCUGCGUGAGCGGCUACGCGCUGCAGAGAAGUCGCGGGACGACGUGCAGCAAGAGUUGCAUAACAUUCAGGAUCAAGUGCAGCUUCUGCGCAUCGAGUUAUCAGAGGAGCGCAGCAGUGCUGCCGUGCGGUCCGAGCAGCACGGCACCGAGAUGCAAGCUCUGCAGCAACGCCUCGAAGCUGCAGAAGCUGUAGCCGUGCAGAAGCAUGACUCCCUCACGCAGCAGCUACAGAAAGCUCAGCAUGAUUUGUCGGCGAGUGAAGACAGAGCGCAGGACGAGCAGCAGCGCGCUGAGGAAGCAGAGCUGCAGCUGGCAACCCUGCAGGCGCUCCUGGCUGAGACUCAGGGGGAGAAGCUCGAGCUCGAGGUUCGGCUGGAGUGCAUGGAGAAGGAGCAGCAAGCUCUGCUGGACCGCUGCCUCGCCGCUGAGGCAGAGGUUGAGACGCUCAGCGGCAACAUCACGCAACUGCGACGCAAGCUCGACGACUCCACCGCGGCACUCCACGAACUAGGCAGACAAAACCAGAGUCUGCAGUUGGAAACAAACAAGCUUUCGGGACGAAAAUGGACUGAAGAUGCCGAGGCAAAGAACUGCUUCAGUUGCGAGAAGAGCUUCGGCAUGACCGUACGGCGCCACCACUGCCGCAACUGUGGCCAGAUUUUCUGCAAUGAAUGCUCGACACGCCAAGCUCCUCUGGACGUGAACAAAAAACCGGUCCGUGUUUGUGACAACUGCCAUAACGAACUGACUGCAAGGCUUGGUCUCCAUUGAUCAAAAAUUGGGCAAUACGGUAUUGUUAUAUUGGGAACAAAUGUACCCAUGGGAACAAAUAUUUAGAAAGUUUCUAACCGAAGAUUAUGCAACUUUUGCAAGUGCAAGUAGAUCCAAAUCAUUGUUAACUAAAGAAAAAUAUUAAUGUGGCAAUCAAUUUAAGUUGCUUUAUAAACUAUUCCGAAAUUAUAUCGCUUACUUGACUUUUUUGUGUGUUAUAUUACCGGUAUUUAGAGGUGAAUUGAGCACCACGCAUAUUGUAUAUUAUAUAUUGUUGAUACACAUUAUAUUAUCAGUAGAGACUGUUCGGAAUCUGUACAUUCAUUGAAAUAUUUUGACGGCACCUUUGUUGCGUUUGAAACAAAAUUGUCGGUGCUAAUAUUGUUACACUUAUAAUAAUAUCCUGCGUUCAAGCCUAGUACACCAUCAAGGCAUUAUUUAUUAAAUAUAUCAUUUAAUGACGCCUGUGUAGUUCUGAAUUGUACGGUACAAGAGCUGCCUCAAGUGAAUAUUAUUCACUUACCAAGUACGUCCAUGAGAGCUUCUUUGAAUAUAAGCAUUAAAAUCACUUGGCUGCUUAAGUUGCAAAUUUACCAGG